UUGUUUGGCGUGUGAAUGAAAAAUCUUGAAGGAGCAGGAGCAACUCUUAAGAAUAUUCGUAAUUAGUCACAAAGCGUUUGGUCAUUUUAGGAAAUACAUUCUUGCUUCCAAAUAGAAACACAAAAAAUUGGUGGAUGCAAUUGAAUUUGGAUAACGUGGCAUCCAUCCACCAAUAGCAUGAAUCUCACGUAAACAACUCCCUGUUCCGUAAAAAAUUUCGCACUGUUCUUCCUUCAUAUACAAGAUUUUCAUUGUUUUAUUUUCCAACUCUCUCCUUGAGUUUCCAGGAAAAUGGCAGUAUCGGCAGAUUGCCGGUUCUCCAUCUCAGCCGCCGGCCGCCAGCUACAUGGUGCAGCAGGAUUAUUGGCAGGGAGGCACUCAAGACUUGUCAAGUAUGGUGAUGGAGAGUUAAUGGGAAAUAAACUGAAGCUAAGCAUACUUCAUAAUCAAAGAACUAGUAGUAAUAUUAAGACUAUAAAGAAACAUGUUUCUAUGUCUCUUACUACUAGUGUACUUGGCGAGGCCAAGUUGAGGGACCUGGAGAUGGAAAAGAGGGAUCCAAAGACAGUUGUGGCAAUUAUUCUAGGAGGAGGAGCCGGUACUCGUCUUUUCCCUCUCACUAAGCGCAGAGCCAAACCUGCUGUGCCAAUUGGAGGUGCAUACAGGCUUAUAGAUGUGCCAAUGAGCAACUGCAUUAACAGUGGAAUCAACAAAGUCUACAUUCUCACUCAAUUUAACUCAGCAUCACUUAACAGACAUCUCGCUCGUGCUUAUAACUUUGGCAAUGGAAUCAAUUUUGGAGAUGGCUUUGUUGAGGUUUUGGCAGCCACUCAGACUCCCGGUGAAGAAGGCAAAAGGUGGUUCCAAGGCACUGCUGAUGCUGUCAGACAGUUUCAUUGGCUCUUUGAGGAUCCAAGAAGUAAGGCAAUUGAGGAUGUGUUGAUUCUAUCGGGAGAUCACUUGUACAGGAUGGACUACAUGGACUUUGUGCAGAGCCACAGACAGAGUGGUGCAGAUAUCACUAUCUCUUGUUUGCCAAUGGAUGACAGCCGUGCCUCAGACUUUGGUCUAAUGAAGAUAGACAAUAAAGGAAGAGUUCUUUCAUUCAGUGAAAAGCCUAAAGGAGAUGAUCUAAAGGCAAUUGCAGUUGACACCACAGUAUUGGGGCUUUCAAAAGAAGAGGCUGUAAAGAAACCAUACAUUGCUUCAAUGGGAGUUUAUGUCUUCAAGAAGGAGAUACUUCUGAAUAUUUUAAGAUGGCGUUUUCCAACUGCUAAUGAUUUCGGAUCAGAGAUAAUCCCAGCCUCUGCAAAAGAAUAUUACAUUAAGGCUUAUCUCUUCAAUGAUUAUUGGGAAGACAUAGGAACUAUCAGAUCCUUCUUUGAGGCAAAUCUUGCACUUACUGAGCAUCCUCCAAGGUUCAGUUUCUACGACGCAGCAAAGCCAACGUACACAUCAAGAAGAAACCUACCGCCAUCAAAGAUUGACAAUUGCAAGCUCGUUGAUUCAAUCAUAUCUCAUGGAAGUUUCUUAACAAAUUCAUUCAUAGAACACAGCGUUGUCGGUAUCAGAUCUCGAAUAAACUCCAAUGUCCACUUAAAGGACACUGUGAUGCUUGGUGCUGACUUCUAUGAAACUGAUGCCGAAAUAUCAGCACUACUAGCUGGGGGAAGAGUACCUAUUGGAAUAGGAGAAAAUACGAGAAUCAGAGAAUGCAUCAUUGAUAAGAAUGCCAGAAUUGGGACAAAUGUUGUUAUUGCCAACUCAGAGGGGAUAAAAGAGGCUGAUAGAUCUUCAGAAGGCUUCUACAUUCGAUCUGGUGUUACCAUUAUAUUAAAGAACUCAGUUAUUGAAGAUGGUUUUGUAAUAUAAUUCAUCUAUCACCCCUUUCAUAAUCCCCUUUUUUGGUGUUGAUCAGGAUAAUAAGAAAACAAGAAGAUAAGAACACAGAUUUGAAUUCAUCAUAAAUUAAAGGUGAUAAUAACAGCAGUUUUCAUUCUUGAAGCCAA